CCUGCUCCGGCUCCGUACGCGGCUGCCGGGGGUGCCGGCCCAUGGCGGGGCGCUGAGCCCCCCCCCCAGCAGAGCCGGGGCCGAGCGGGGCCCGCCGCCCCCACCAUGCGCUGGGGGGGCCUGAUCCUGCUCUGCCUGCUGCGCGGGGUGCUGGGCGCGCCGGGCCCGCGGGGCGCAGGACGCCCCCCCGGGAGCCCAGCGGUAGGCGAAGGGCGUCGGAGAGCUCGGGAGACCUCGCCGGGGACCGAGGGGACUCGUAGCAUCAGCCAGGACCUGGUGGGGGGCAGCCUGGCCAUCGACACGCUGCCGGCCAACGAGACGCGGAUCGUGGAGGACAACCACAGCUACUACGUGUCGCGGAUCUACGGGCCGGGGGACGCCCGUCUGAGGGGGCUGUGGGUCGACAUGGCAGCGGCCAACAGGAGCCAAGUGAAGAUCCACGGGAUCCUCUCCAACACGCACCGGCAGGCUUCGAGAAUCGUCCUCUCCUUUGACUUCCCCUUUUACGGCCACCUCCUGCGGCAGGUCACGAUAGCGACGGGCGGUUUUAUCUUCAUGGGGGACGUCAUCCACCGGAUGCUCACGGCCACGCAGUACGUCGCACCCCUCAUGGCCAACUUCAACCCUAGCUACUCCCGCAACUCCACCGUCCAGUACUUGGACAACGGGACGGUUUUUGUGGUGCAGUGGGACAAGGUCUACCUUCAGGGGAAGGAGGACAUGGGCAGCUUCACCUUCCAGGCGGCCCUGCACAGCACCGGGAGAAUCGUCUUUGGGUACAAGGAGAUCCCCGUGCCGGUCCUACAGAUCAGUGCCACCCAGCACCCCGUGAAAGCUGGCCUCUCCGAUGCCUUCAUGAUCCUCAACCCAUCUCCCGAUGUGCCUGAGUCCCGCCGUCGGACCAUCUACGAAUACCAUCGCGUGGAGCUGGACACCAGCAAGAUCACCAACAUGUCAGCCGUGGAGUUCACCCCGCUGCCCACUUGUCUCCAGCAUCAGAGCUGUGAAAUGUGUGUGACCUCGGAGCUGACCUUCAACUGCAGCUGGUGUCACGUCCUGCAGAGAUGUUCCAGCGGCUUUGACCGAUACCGUGAGGAGUGGCUGUCCUACGGCUGCGGCCAGAAGUCAGAUGAGACCUGUGAGGAUUUAGCAGAAGGCGACCGCUAUUCAGCAGCUCCUGACAGCUCUUUCUCGCCGCUGGAUGAGGAUGUCGCCACCUCCACGUCCUCGCUCUUCAUUGACAGCCUCACUACGGAAGAUGAUACGAAGCUCAAUCAGUAUGCGGGAAGCGAUGGCAUAGGAAGCAGUCUUCCUUCCAAGAAAGCAGGCGCCCCGAUUCACACGGGUACUAUUGUGGGGAUCGUUCUGGCUGUGUUGCUCAUCGCAGCCAUUAUCCUUGCUGGAAUUUACAUCAACAGCCACCCCACCUCCAACGCUGCCCUGUUCUUCAUCGAGCGAAGGCCACAUCACUGGCCUGCCAUGAAAUUCCGAAAUCACACCAACCACGCAACGUACUCGGAGGUGGAGCCAGCCAGCCAGGAGAAGGAAGGCUUUGUCGAAGCAGAACAGUGCUGAGCACUUCUCCCCCUGCGUCUCAAACCUCCCAUGUCUCAAGUGUUGGAGUCUCCUGUUAUUCUAUUGCAAAGUCUUUCCCCUCUUGGAAAAGAAACAGCAAGUAGAGGAAAAAGACCCAAUGGAGUAUUUGAAAAGAAUGAAUCGGGCGAUGUGAGGCUGGGACUCGCCUGGAUUCCUCACAGGACAGCAGAGCCGGCAGCGGCGGCAGUCACUUGCGACGUUGGACUCUGCCUGCAGCCCAGCACCGAAGCCCUGGAUGUAGUGGUAGAAAAAAAAGCGCAGUUAAAGUUUUGGUUUGGUGUGGGGGUUUUGUUUUGUGGUUGGGUUUUUCCCCCGCCUCGUGUGUGGCUGCCCUCUUCCCUCCUCCACCAGAAGUCUUAACAGGGGCAGCAAAGCAGGGGGCAAAUCACGGUAUGGGCAAAAUACGCAGUUGCCUCAAGCAGCAGAUCCUUGGGGACAGCAAACCAGUUGAUAUUUGCUGCACGCUGGCUCUGCCUGUGCUCAGGAAAGUCGGGCUGGUUGCCUCUGCUGGGGGUGGGUGCUGGCGGUGGCCCCGGAGAGGUGAGGUUGGCUCUGCAGGGCUCACCUCCCCUCUCCCCCAGCUCAGUCCCUUUCUCUGCUCUCUCCUCGCCUUUUUUUGGGGCAGGUGACGUUUAAUUUUGUCUUCGUGGCCAAGAAGCAUUGUGCCCUUGUUUUUUCAUCCUGCAGUUGGUCUUCCACCACCAUGGCUUCCACUCCCUGCCCUCCUCUCCCUUCAAAGCCACAGCUUCCACUGCCUGCUCCACAGAAAGGGAAACCUGAUCUAUUCUAAGGGCAAAACCCUGCGGAGGAUUCACCAUCAGGAUGUUUGUGAGCCAAUGGCUCCGAUGCGCUUUUUGGCGUCUAAUUAGUUUGCUAAAUUACUAUGACCCUUACUCCAAAGGAGACAGUAUGGAAAAAAAUAAUAAUCUUAGAUUCCUUCAAAAUACGUCCUCAUGGUGCGGCCACUAAUCCAGCAGGAACAGAGGAGGUGUUGGUGGAAGAGGAUGGGGACAGAGCACUACCAAAAGCAGCGUCCUCCCAUGGGCUAAAUCCCGAGUAAAUCCAAGCUCAUUCAUGGGCAUUUUGCAGAAAUAAGGAGUGAAGGCAUACAUGCCUAGAGACCAUUGAAAAUCUAAAAAUCUCCUCGUUAACAUCAUAGUUUUUAGAGCCUACUCAAGCCAGUGGAAUUCUUUUCUACUUUUUUAUUUUUUUACGUCUGUGAUAGGCCCCUGGUCUGGAUUUGUAUCUAUCUUGUGAUUCCAGAACCUGACCCUAAGGGCUUUGACGCUACACCUCUCAGGGUUUUCUACUCCUUCUGUGCAAUCAGAAUUCAAGACUAAUCUGCAGAAAUACUCUACCCUACUUCCACAGACACCAGCCACAGGAGCGGGCCCUAAACUGAGGAAAGCUUGUAUAAAAAAGAGUCUAAAGUCCAGUGUAAGGUAAAGUUCCCCCCAAAAAAAAAAGUGUUGGUUGUAUGGGGCUUUUUUUUUUUUUUUAAUUUUCUCUUGAUCCUCAGCUAUUUAUUCUGAUAAUCAUGUUUGGUGCAUAUUUUAUCCACUGGCUGGUUCAGCUGUCACUGGUGGUGAUUACUGCCAAAGGCAGGGUCUGUCUAAUUAAUGUUUUCCUUCUCAUCUGCUGAAUUUAUAUAGCCAUUAAAGAUAAAUAUGGAUGCUUUGUGGCAUUUAGACCCUAGAUUAUACUUUCUCAUACAUAGCCACUAGGGAGACUUUUGCUGCAUCUUAUUAUGGCAUAAAGGCACCAAAAUGCUCAAACAGGGUAAGUCAGACCGAGUUGUGCCAAGUUGUUAUGGCCCAGACAGUCUCUCUUUAGAUGUAUUUUGAAGAUAAACCUUAUUCCCAAAUAAAGCUUUCAACUGGAAGGUUGUUUUUUUCCCCUGUUUCCCUGAAGUAGAAAGGAUUCAAAGGGACGCUGUCAUCUAGUUUUUGCCCAGGAUCUGAUCUCCUUUGAAAUGGUUAUGAGCUGGUAAGGAAUUUUCUCUGGAUUUAACUCUUUUCAAAUAAUGGCCUUGUUUCUACUGGUUUUUUUCUUAACAUGCAUACACAGUAACAGCAAGAGUUUGGGUAGUCCUCUUCUGCUACAGCCUCUAGAAAUGGCAGGUAACAUCCACGAGUUCUGAAAUGCUGUGAAUUUAAAAGAAAACAGACUUUAAAUAGAGUGCAAUUGAGCUGUAUAAAUCACUGCUGCAUUACUGCAGCCAGGAUCCAAGAAGGAUUCAGAAGAAGAUCAGAUAGUUGGGUGGAGAAUAACAACAUCCAAGUGCCAUAGCACAGAAAUGGUUAAGCAAAACACCUCUAUUUCAGGGAGAUGCCAAGUUCUGAGUCCCUGAAGCAAAAAGGUACAUUUUUGGGUUGGGUUUUUUUUUUCCCCCUGUUUAAGGAAAGAAACAAAGCAAACCAGGCUAUUCUGUAUUCUGUAGCUGUGCAACAGAGGUUUGGUCUACCUUCUACUAAGGAAUAUGGUUUGGGGUGUUGGCAGGUAGAGCAUUAACAGCUCCAAUUCAUCAUCUCUGAGAGCUGGUGGUAGAGUAGACGGAAAAGUCACUGCCCAUAGUCUUGUGCAGGCUCUGAGCUGAAGGUUUGGACACAACCAGCAGCUCCCACUGGAGAAGUAAGGCACUUAGAUGCUGUGGCUCAAGGAGGAGAUAAAAAAUAAAUACUCUGUCCUACCUUUCAACAUGAGGUCUAGCUCUGGGCACUUUAAGUUCCCAUCUGGGAAGCUUGCGAGUCAGCAGGGAGCAGUCUUUUCUGAAUAUUCUUGGCACGUGGCUUUGUAGCAGAAGAGAAGAGGUUGUCUUUUAAAUUCCAGAAAGCCCACCGGUAAUGUUCCCGAUGGGAACAUUAGAAGAAACAGAACAUCUAGAAGAAAGAGAAAAAUGUCUUUACCAUCAACAAGUACCACUCUAAUGUUGAACAGGAGAGUCUGGGCUCAAGUAUAAUGCUGGCUGCACCGAGUCAAAUGCAUCAGGAUCAAUAUUCCUUUCUUAGUUGUGUAACUCUGACUUCAAGAUGCCGGUUAAUCUUGCUAGUCUCGAGUGCCGAAGCAAGAACGUGACGGUGGCAACUACAACAUAAAAAGAGUUUGAUUUUGCUUUUAAUCAUGUGGCUUCUGUAGCCACAUCCUGAGGUUUUCCUCGGGAUUCUGAUGAACCCAGCAUUUGGGCUUGCUUCAAAGCAGACUGCAUAAUGUAGAUGUAUAUUGACCUGUAUAUUUUAUAGCUAUAAAGUGGGCUGGGGCUGUUAGCUGUGCUCAGUCCGUUGCUCAGCUGGUUAAGAGGAUGCAAAACCCAAACAACUGCUACGGCUCCUCAUUUAUGUUUCCAAGCACCGUGCCCUGGCGGUUUGUGGCAACUGCUGAGCGUGUCAUUCGGGCGUAAGCCUGUCAUCGGGCAGAAAACGACAUCGCAUACCUGCUCCUUGGCCACUCGUCUGCGUUCAGCAGUUGGGAAGACACAGCACAGGGUUUAUUAGAGACCAACGCGAGAUUGGUUCUGCUCCUACGGAAGUUGGGGGCUGACCCUUCCCCGGUUUUGACAUCAAUGGGAGCAGGACCCAGAUCAAAAAAUACUCUCUUAAUAACUAAAGGCCUACUUUCCACAUACUUGAAUUUACAGCACAGUUGGACUAUUUUGGGGGACUAAAGGCACUUUAACUGUCUUUUAAUGCAAUGUAUUUACUAUGGAUUAUCUGCAUGGAAUACAGUCUUAAUAUUAAAAAAAAAAUCUUCCUUUUGGACUGCUUUGUUUUCAAAAUAAAACAUG